AUGGGACUGGGCUGCCUUCUUCUCGUGUAUGUUGUGGCCUUAACGACAGAUCCGUGCUACUUCCCUCACACGAAUGAAGUUCUUGAGCUCAGUCAGUUACGUGCCUGCUUCGAUUCAAUACCAUUGGACAAGAACGGCGUGGGGUACCCCACCAUCGACACACUUCUCAAACUAAGUGAAAUGUACGUCUUUGGUGAGAUGGCUAAGGAGCCCAUUGCCCCAUAUGACGUCCCUACAAACGCGUACAAGCUCCCUCACACAGAUGUCAAAAGAGAGCUUCAAUCCAUUCGUGAUAACAUAGAGGAGUACACAACGGACUUCGACUUCCAUGAUGCAGUGUCAGCCAUUUACCUUAGACUCAAGGACCCGCAUACACGGUAUGACAAGCCACAGGGAUACUCCUUUAUUCGCAUUGUCUUGCCGCUCACUGUCACGGCAAUAUACCGCAACCGUGUCCUGGAGUAUACGCUAACAGAGCUCCCUCCGGAGUACCAGUUUGUUACUUGGGAGUACAGGAAAAAGCUUAGAGAACAAGGCAUCAACAUCGACCAGUUCAUCGACCAGCGCAUUUUGUCUAUUAAUGGCAUACCUGUGGCAGAGGCCAUGCAGAGAUUUGCAGAUGAUGUGGUUUAUAUCUCUAAAAACCCACAUGCUAGAUUUAAUGCUGCCUUGAACACCGACUUCUAUGUUAGGAGUCUCCGGUCGUUCGGAUGGCCGGGGAGAACUGGCAGUCCACUGGAUACAGAGGUUCUUUCCAUUGAGCUCUCUGACAAUUCCAUCAUCGAGCUUCCCUUCUUUGGCUACGUGACUACUGAAAUCAGGGGUGUGGCUGACCUUAAGGCAUACAUUAUGAAUACGCACACUGACGCUGACUCUGGUUCUCUGGAGAUAACCGGGAAGCAGGGAACUCCACUUGCUAGAUUUUUAAGUGAUACCAUGGAAGAACGUACGAGAAGUCCUACUCAGCAUACUCAAGCUUCUCCGAUACUAACUGAUAACGGAGACGAGUAUUAUAUUGAUGUAAGUCACUCAGGAGUGGAUGUCACACUCUACUCCCUCUAUAAAAACACCAAGCACGUUGGGUACCUCCUUAAUAUUCCGACCUUUGCCCCUGAAAGCCCUAAGCAAUAUGUAGACGAUUUCGAAGCUGCCAUGUCUAUUCUUGAUAACACGCAUAUCGCUGAUCCAUUCCUGAUAGUUAAUGUUGCUCGUAACGGCGGAGGAUAUGUGACGUUGGGAUACCGCACUCUUCAUGUUCUUGCGCCCUACAUCAAUCCACUGUAUGGUAACUAUACCGUUCGCAAGUCGCCCUACGCGGAGUUCUACUCUUCUCGAGGCAAUUUCUCAAUGCAAGAUAGGUACAGGCUUAGUAAUUGGAUGCGUUACAAGAACAACGCGUGGUACACAGGCGAGACAGAGCAUCUUCUUUAUAUGACGGGGCACGAGGAAGCCCUCUCCGGAAUCUACACGUUUGACCUAGCCUAUGAUGAGGUGGACUUCCGGGAGGACUUUGAACGCCUUGUGAACAUCAAGACGCCAAAGUUUCUACAGGAGUCUGGAAAUUCGCGCCUCGUUUUUGUUACCGAUGGCACCUGUGGAUCGACAUGCGCGUGUUUUGCGAAGAGGGCGCGAGAGGCCCACAUGGGAGUGUGGAUGGGAAUGGGCGGCAACCCGGCGCUCCGAAGGAUCAGAAACCAAACGGAUGCUGAGAAUCGCUUUGUGGACAUGGAUGUAGCGAGCUUUGCUGGAGGAUCCGUCAUGGACUCGCAAUAUAUCUUCGAUGACUCCUUCGCUCCCCAAUACGAAACACACAUUGGACUCAAAAAGCUUCCCACAACAGCUCUACAUCGGUGGGCAUUCGAGCAGGUCUUCUCAUGGAAUUGGAGCCAGCCCUUCGAUGCUGUCAAGACGCCGCUGGAGUACGUCAACAAUCCGGUGGAUGAUUAUAUUAAUUAUUGGCCACCAGGUGGGUCACGUUAUAUGGACCAUACCACAUAUCUAACGUUGGCCGUGGAGGCUUAUAAAAAGGCGUCCUCAACGUGCUACCCAUUUCAAAUGAAAAUCAGCAAGUAUUGCACCUCCAUGGGAGGGGGGAUUUAUGCUAAUCCAUGUGAUACCCAAAAGGACAGGUAUAACGAAGACCUUUGCAGCUUCUAUUCCUGCAUAGAUGGCUAUAUGCUUACAGAAACAGGGGUCUGCGUCAGACAGCCCGAAAAAUGGGACCAGCCUGUAUCUGCUUUAGAGACAGGAGUUUACACUAGCUUGGCAAUUAUCCUAGCUCUGCUCAUUGGUUCGCUGACAGGAUACUUUAUCUUCCGGUGUGUGAAAUACAGCCAGCAUGUCAAGAAAUGUAAAGCCGAAGGUACGUGGCAGAGAGUUCCAAGCGUUAUAGAGCGCUUGCGAGAGUUCGCAAACCGCAGACGGAUGAAGAAAGCACAUAGCAACGGGCAUUCUACCUCAAAAGUAGAAGGAGAGGGGCUGACUUCGUCGACUAAGGAUACCACAGAGGUAUAG